AUGUCUUCUUUGUUCCUCAACCAAGAAGUCACUUGGUCUAUUCGUCCUUACAAACAAUACCUCUGCACUAUAAUCUCUUCUCAAACCAUUCAUCUUUCACAAAAAAUAAUUAAAACAAAUGGAAUUACUGGAACUAUUAUUCGAAAUGGAAGAUGUAUUAGAAAAGGAAGAACAAGACAAAGAGAUGUUGUACAAAUUAAAACCUCUACUGAAACAUCAUAUUGGGUUAUAAGUAAAUUAGUCCCUCUUUCAACAAAAGACAUAACUACAAUACCUAGAAUUUAUUCAUUAAAUGACCUUUCCAUUAAAAUUAAAAACUUACCAAAACCAAUAACCUCUAGUUCAGAAAAGAAGCUUAUAAAAUCAAACUCUCUUCCUUUAUUUUUUCUGAAAAAUAAAAAAAUUCCAAUUGACUCACAACUUCUUACAGAUAUAUUUAAGUCAGGUACUUCUCUUCAAAACCUUUGUUCAAUAACAAAUGAAUGUCUAUCUCCUCUUACUCGUGGAUUAUCUCAAAUUAAUACUUUUAAUGAAUCAGAAGUAAUUGGAUAUUUCAACCAUUUAUGUUUAAAAGCAAAAGACUUUUAUGAGAAUGGGGAUGUAGUUGAAAUGGUCGUUCGAAUAAGUUUUAUUUAUUCUCAAAUUCUUACUUUAUGGGAAGUAAAAACUAAUCUAUUUGGAUGGAAUAUCAUCAUUAAACAUUAUUGUAAUCAAAUAGAACAAUUAUUUCCUUUAUUAAAAAUAAUUGCAUCUUCUCCUUUACUUCAACACUUUGAACUUGUUAGAAGGUCUUUUCAUCUUGAAUUGAAAUUAGAUGAUCUUUUAUCUGAUUCAAGACAAGUCUUAAAAGAAUCUCGCUUGUUUGUUUGGAAUGAAAAAACAAGAGAGCAUUGGAUUUCUUAUGAGAAAUUAAACACCACACCCCUUCAACCAAUGUAA